AUGAGGGUGACGAUGUGGAGAUACAAGAUACCCCGUGGUCAGAUAGAGUACCAUUCCCACUCCCGAGCCACCUUGUUAGACGGUCUCUAUGGGGCGCUAUUUAUUCGACGGAAGCCAGGAACCCCAGGGCCGUGUGGCAAGAAAAAGGACCCCUCCGACCGGUCGGCGUACCAUCCUCUGUUGUACAGCGUCAACAGUCCCGAGGCCCGCGGCGACGAUUUGAUCAUUCGCACUCAGAACGGUGCCUGGCAGGAUAUCGUCCUCCAGGUGGGCCACUCGCCCCUUUGGCCAGUUGACUUCUCACACGCCGUGCACAAGCAUGCCAAUAAGUUCUGGCGGCUGGGCUCUGGCGAGGGGAUCUGGAACUAUUCCUCCAUCGGCGAGGCCAUGGCUGAUCACCCGGAGAACUUCAAUCUGGUCAAUCCACCCUACCGCGAUACCUUCAUCGCAGAGUUUACAGGAGCGAUGUGGGUGGUCCUGCGGUAUCAGGUAACUUCUCCGGGGGCCUGGCUGCUGCACUGUCACUUUGAGAUGCAUCUCGAAAACGGCAUGGCCAUGGCCAUUCUGGAUGGUGUAGACAAAUGGCCCGAAGUGCCGGAAGAGUACACCCUAGACUCUCAUGGAUUCCGUGAGGAAGAGAAGAAGCCCGAGCUGCAAAGGGGUCUCUUCCAGGUCUUUGAUCAACUCUUCUGGCAGGUGCCCGUGGCUCUCGCCAAUGCCGCAAACUCGGUUUCUCACAACUACUAUCCACCUACGAUACAUCUACCCAAAUAUGUGGACAAUGAAAGCUCUGCAGUUUCGAUAAUUAUUCAAUUCGGCUUCCUAUGGGCAGCGGUAGUGGGAAUGGCCUUUGUCGUCAUUUGUCGUCUGCGACCGAAUGCCAGUCAAUCAGAUAAGCUUGCUUUUGUUUGGAUGUGCCUGAGCUCCCAAGAACUAUUCGGUCAGCUAUGGAAGGAGUAUUCUCUUUCGGACUCUCGUUAUUUGACAUCUGAUGCGUUCCUAGUCUGCAUGGAAGCUGUUACUGCAUUUUGUUGGGGCCCUCUUGCCUUUUGUAUCGCAUAUUGCAUUGCAGUGCAGCAUCCUGCACGUUAUGCUUUGCAGCUUGUGAUUUCCGUGGGUCAGGUAUAUGGCGAUGUCCUUUACUAUGCAACGAGUUUGCUUGAAAUCUCGUACUGUCGACCAGAAAGAUAUUACUUUUGGUUCUAUUACUUCUUCUUCAAUUUCAUCUGGAUGCUUGUUGGUUGUUAUUACGCAAAGCAGAGCAUCUCGGAGAUAACUAAGGCUUUCGGGAAGCUUCAAGAAUUUGGGCAGAAGGAACAGACAAACUUCAAAGCGGACACUGUUCUUAAGAAAGGGGACUAA